AGAAAAAAAACACACUGAAGUCCAGAUUUCACUCACGGCACUAUUCUUCAGAAAUUUGGGGUGGAACAAUGCAGACAUAGGAGGGAGGAUCAGAAGCCAUCUGAGGGCAAGUCCUCCUUUCUGCCCCACAUUUCACAAGGUAGUCACCAGUUUUUGGUGCAAAAUAGAAGCAAGCUGCUUGGGUGAAUUCUUACUGGAAGCCAGUGCAAAUUUCUCAGAAGCAGAUUCUGUUUUCUGUUUCAAAACUGGGAAUAGCUCAGCUCUGGGACUUCUGGAGGAACUUUCCAUCAACGCAGAGAUUUAAAAAAAAAAAAAAAAGUCACGUGUGUUGGAAAUAAUAGUUCAGCUCUUCUGACUCUUCACUUUUACUAUAAGAAAUUAUUAUAGGCUAAGGUCGCAAAACAGAGCCACUAACCUCUGUUUGAACUUCCUCAUGUUUGGCACAUGUGGGUAUUUCAUUAUCGGUUCAGAGGCAUAGCUGACUGACAGGCCAUGCAUACCAGGAAAAUGUGCAAUCUUACUUUUAAGUUUGUCUUUCAACCUGCCCCUACUUCCUCCCUGUGCAUAUGAAGAAGGAAGCUGUAUCUUUAAGAAAUAUGGUGUUCCCCCCGUUUCCUGUGAAAUAUUAAUAGAUGCUGCCAAUGGGAUGGAGCGCUUUUAGGGUGUUGUGUAAAACAUCUCACUCUGUAUUUGCUGGAGCACGGAGCACAUAGAUGCCUUCUGAUUUUUCUCUGGAGCAGGCAAAGACAGGGAAAAUUUUGGAGAUCAGGUGGCAAGGAUGCUCUGCAAUAGCAGUAACAACCAUUCCCUUCCCUGCACAAAACUGGGAGCUAUUGACUAUUCAUGGCAAAGCGUCCAAAGCACAGCAGCGGAGCCUGUGGAAAAUGACAGCGUGUAACAAGAUUGACUGGCAUUUCCUUCGCGCUGGAUCACAUGCCUCCCAAUUCACACACACACAAAACCUCAUAGGCUGAUCAAAUGACUUCUAUCUCUGCAGUCCACAUACCUUCCACAGAAAGAGUUGUUUUAUUAUGCACAUAUGCAGCUCUGUUUUCAAUCAGUCACCUUGAGCAAAUGACUGAGGGCCAGUGUUCACUCUGUCUGGAGGUCUCUGCGUUUGCUCUCUAAGAGACAUAGUCUCUGUCCGUAAGCAAUUUAUUUUUUUCCCUCGGGGGGGGGGGGGGGAAGAAAACAAAUACGCAGAUGCCCCUCCUGCCUUCCCCUCCCCAGGAACCUUUCGAGGAAUUUUGCUUGGCUUAACUGGGAAGUUGCAGGAUGGUUGCUGCUGUCGGCUCUCACCUGAACUUUUGCCGCCUGGUAUAUGCUGUUGGGAUAUCCAUAAGAGAUCGCCCAGGAAUGGUGGAUCACUUGCUGCCUACUGAUGAAUCCUUUUCAUCUACAAGAUCUUCUUUUGGAUACUUUGGGGACAUGACAGCAGGGGUGAGGUCCUAUCAAAUGCUACCCUCUCCCCUGUCAGAAGAUGACAGUGACUCGUCCAGUUUUUGUUCUUGUUCGAGCCCUGACUCCCAGGUUCUCAGCUCCAGCUAUGGAAGCACGUCCAGUGCGGAAAGUCAGGACAGUAUCUUAGACUACUUACUGUCGCAGGCAUCUUUGGGGAACACUGCUGCAUCAUGGUGGGACAAAAGGAGACUUCAACCAAUAGUGAAAGAGGAGUACUUUAGGUUGCCGGAAUUUGCCGUGGAUAUGGAAGACUCAGGACCAUUUCAGCCCACGCUUGAGGAAAUUGAGGAGUUUCUGGAGGAGAACAUGGAGUUGGAGCUCAAAGAAAGACCUAAAAGUGAGACCAAGGACUUAAGAGCUUGCAGCCAAGUUUCUGUUGCUUCGCUACAGCAAAAAGACCAUAUGUUACCCAGUGCUAGUUUAAAAGAGAGUAAAAAUGAACAGUUGAGCAGCCCAACGGAAGGUGGCCAAGCUUCAAAUGGAGGAAUGUCCCUGGAGAAUGGGAUACCGGUUAUGCUCCAAAUUCAACCUGUACAGAUCAAACAGGAGUCCAACACGAGCCCCAGUUCCCAAGGACCAGCACAAGAGAACAUUAAAAUUGCACAGCUCCUAGUCAACAUUCAAGGACAGACAUUUGCCCUUGUGCCUCAGAUAGUUCAGUCGUCCAAUUUGAACUUGUCCUCUAAAUUUGUCCGCAUUGCUCCCGUCCCCAUCGCUGCCAAGCCAAUUGGGCCAGGAGGCAUGAUCCAGGGUCAGACGGGAAUCAUCAUGGGUCAGAAAUUUCAAAAGAACCCUGCAGCAGAACUCAUUAAAAUGCACAAAUGUUCUUUUCCUGGUUGUACCAAGAUGUACACGAAAAGCAGCCAUUUGAAAGCCCACCUGAGGAGGCAUACAGGAGAAAAGCCUUUUGCAUGCACGUGGCCGGGUUGUGGAUGGAGGUUCUCCAGGUCAGAUGAGCUGUCCCGGCACAGGCGUUCCCACUCAGGGGUGAAACCCUAUCAGUGUCCUGUCUGUGAGAAGAAGUUUGCUCGAAGUGACCACUUGUCCAAACAUGUCAAGGUGCAUCGGUUUCCACGAAGCAACCGCUCCGUCCGCUCCGUGAACUGAUGGGUCCUGCUUUCCCCUUCCCGCCCAGCCGUCCUACAAGAGCUGACGACAGCACUUUGCUCACUACAUUUCUAGUGAUAAUUUAUUUGUCUUCACAGAACAGUCAAUGCUGUUACUUGAUACCACCAUGUCUGUGUGUCCCAUGUCCUUUAAAGAUGAUUUGAGAAUGAAGUUCUUUUGGGGUCAAGGGAGGGGGGAUGCUUCUUCCUUUUUGUUGCUUUUUUUUUUUAAAGAAUGUUAUUUUCCUUUCCUUCUAUCUUUCCCUCAUUUGCUGCUGCUUCUUUUGGAAAUUACAGUGUUUUAUUUUUAGCUGUUUUCUGCUGCACAGGAAAAUGUAAGAGUUGCUUGCUGCUAGUUAAUUAUAGCCCUGGCAUUCCUAAGGGCUUUGCUCAUGUACAGGCCAUUCAUUGUGAGUUUUUAUUAAGCUGCUCUAUUUGUCCAGUUUGGAAACAGCAAAUUCCUUUUGAAAUGAAAACAACUCCUUUGUUUUUGGGUUGCCUGAGCCAAGGAUUUGUAGGGGCUGGCCAUAGGAGGAGGAACAGUGGGAGUCUGGGACUGGGGAAGGCAAGGCAUGGAGAGCACUGGAAUGCGCAUCUGUGCCUCUCUGACUUCUCCGGCUUGCAUUUACCUUUUCCUUGGCUAGGGCUAUAUAUAAAUAUUUAUGUAUAUAUAUUCAUACAUACAUAUAUAUAUUUAAGCAAAGGCAUAUCCCAAGCAAACCCAAAAGCUCAGGCUGGAUGGAAUGGCUUGGAGUGAAGCCUUUUGGUGUGGCUGAGUGCAUACCGUGUGCAUGCUUCCGUCCUGUGCUGCCGUGGGGGUGAGAGCAUCCCCACACGUCAAAGGAAACGCUGCUUUCCUUUGGCUCUGGUUCGCAGCAUCCACUGUCUUUCGCAGAAGAGCUGUUGUCUAGUGUGUAAAGCAGCAGGAAACCAUCCGGGAGAAUGGCUGAGCUCUGUUCCUGUACUUGCUCCUGUCCUCUUCUGUGAUCUUGGGGGAGAAACCAGAGUGGCAGUCCCGGAUGUGCAGUGUGGUCCCGGUGAGCGCUGGGCAUCCCGAACAUCCCCUGCGAGCCUGUGCCUCUCUGGUUGGAGCUCAGUCUCUGCUCAUCUGCUGGCCGGCAGGUCAUGUAGGAUGUACCUGUACCGAGGGGAGGGUGGGAGGCCUCGUGGUCUGGUAGGACAGCACCAUGAGAUCUUCUGUCCAAGGGUGAUCAGUGCUCAUCCUCUCCUUACCGACAGCCAUGUCAGAGCUCCAUGCAGCUGGGGUGGGUGAAUGGGUGAGAACAGUAGCCAAAAGAAACAAAUUUGUGUGGUAGCUGGCUAAGAAGGGAAUUUAAACAAAUAAUCAGAUGGUAGCAGGCAAGUGAUUUUUGUUUGUCUUUCUUCUUGUUUUGUUGUUCCAUUUGAACUCUGGUGAUUGUAAGAAGUUUUAGAAGAAAAUAGAAUUCAGUAAUUAGGAACAAUUUUAUAAUGGAUGUUGCAUUUCCUUUCCAUUCGCAAGGCGGCAUCUGUUUGUCUUUUUGUUGGCAAAAUGAGAAAUGGGAAACUGCGAUUCUAGCACUAGGCAGAGCAGGAGCCCACAAUGUGCAAGAACAGCAGGUCUAGCUAAAGCGAAUGCAUUCCUUUUGUCCUCUAGAAAUUAAUAUAAAUGAACUAUCAUCUAUUGACUGGUUUAUGUCACAUCCUAUGAAUGUAUGUAAAUAAAACUGUACAUAGAUGCAUAUCUAUAUAAAAUAUCUUUUAAUAACAUAUCAAGAUUUGUGUAAAUUGGAAACAAAAAUACCUAUAAAGCCAGUGUACAUAAGUUACAAUUCUGUAUAUUUUCUUUUGUUCUUCAUAAAAAUAUAUUUACUUUGACAAUAAAAUG